AGGAAUCAAAAGGCUAAUUACAAUCCUUGGAGGAAAAGAAGUUACUUUAUUACACUUAUUUGAUCACACUCCUAUAAAUCUAAAGGAUUAAGUGAAAAAAGAGCCAGUUUUAUGUGUGUCGGCGUCCAACAACUUCCACCAUGAGCGGUCGAGGAGGCGACGCGCCGCUGCCGAAUGGCGGGGAGUUCCUCCUCCAACUACUACGUAAGCAAUCCAAUUCAGGCCAUCCUAUUUUUCCGCCGCAGCCUCAGCAGCAGCAGCAGCAGCAAACUUUCUCACAGGACCCGGCCGUCGCGGCGGUCGGCCCCACCAUCCCCACCUUUCCGCACCCGCACGCGGCGUUCCCUCCGUCCAACGGCGGCGAUUUCGCCUUCCCGCCGUGGGGUCUCCUCCCUCCCCCACCUUUUGCUCAGCAGAAUUACUUCCAGCAAAACCCUAAUCCGAACCCUAAUUUCUCCUCGCCGUCUAGGGGAUACGCUCACAGUCCUCCACAAUUCGAUCUUCAGUCGAGGCGCAUCUCGCCGGGUGAUGAUGCGAGGAAUUUAGGGUUUUACGGGGACAAUUCGAAGCCAAGCGCGGCGAAUCAGCCUGGGCAGAAUCUGAUAUUUGGCUCUCUGAAUCGUGAUGUUCUUCAAAAUGGUGCUGUCAAUGCUUUGGAUCCGAGCUUGUUUCGAAGGCCCGAGAAUAGGUUUCCGCCCAAUUCAAUUGAGGCCAAUGAGAAUUCCAGAGGAAAUCAUACUGUAUUGAGAGCUCAGAAGCUGGAAAGGAGCAGUAAUAGUAAUGACAAUGUGCAGCAGGGAGAUAGUGGAAGGGUGGCGGUUCCGCCUCCCGGGUUUUUGAGUGAUCUAAAGAAUGUGAGGCAGAUUGAGCAUGGUUAUGGGAGGAGGGCUCCUGAUCUUAAUGGGGAUAAGGGCAAGGGUAAUGCCGGUCAUUCCUAUAAGAGUGAUAGGUUAAGUUAUCAGCUCGAUUUUCUUGGUUUUCCAGUGGGCAGCAGCCUCCAGUCUGCCUCGAAUUUUGAUAUUGAGGAGUCUAUGAAGGAACUCUUUCCUAGGGAGGGUGAAGAAUUCACAGGCGGUGUGGAGGAGAAGUUGCACAACGAUGGUUCUGAGAUGGAUGUUUUGGAGGAUCUGGUGGAUUCUCUAGGAAUUGAAGAUCAAUCCGGUGAGAAGAAUGGUAAAAAGAAGCUUCAUCGAGACAAGGAUUAUCGAUCCGAUAACAGAGGAAAAUGGAUUAUGGGUCAGAGGAUGAGGACUCUUAAAAGGCAGACAACCUGUCGAAAUGACAUUAACAUGCUUAAUGCUCCACUUUUGGCAUUGUUUGAAUCUUUGAUCCCAUCUGAUGAAGAAAAGCUGAAGCAAAAGCAAUUGUUAACACUAUUGGAAAACCUUGUUCGCAAAGAGUGGCCUAAUGCCCAUUUAUUUCUUUAUGGAUCAUGUGCCAACUCAUUUGGUUUUUCAAAAAGUGAUGUUGACGUUUGCCUUCAAAUGGAUCUUGGGGAUGUUGAAAAGUCUGAGGUCUUGCUAAAGCUGGCAAAAAUAUUUGAGUCAGACAAUCUGCAGAAUGUACAGGCACUUACACGUGCCCGAGUUCCUAUAGUGAAGCUCAUGGAUCCAGUCACGGGUAUUUCCUGUGACAUUUGUAUAAACAACGUGCUGGCUGUUGUAAAUACUAAGCUGCUUCAUGAUUAUGCACGGAUAGAUGUAAGACUUCGUCAGUUGGCAUUCAUUGUGAAACACUGGGCUAAAUCACGAGGAGUCAACGUGACUUAUCAGGGAACACUCUCGAGUUAUGCGUAUGUGUUGAUGUGCAUUCAUUUCCUACAACAGCGCAGACCUUCCAUUCUUCCAUGCUUGCAGAGAAUGCAGAUUACAUAUUUUGUAACUGUAGACGACAUAGAAUGUGCAUAUUUUGACCAAGUGGAUAAGCUUCAGAAUUUCGGGGCACAGAAUGGGGAAAGUAUUGCUCAGCUAGUAUGGGCCUUUUUUCAUUACUGGGCUUAUUGUCACGAUUAUGCAAAUGAUGUCAUAUCAGUUCGCACAGGAAGCAUGCUGAGCAAGAGAGGCAAGGACUGGACGAGGAGGGUUGGGAACGACCGACACUUGAUAUGCAUCGAGGAUCCGUUUGAGGUAUCUCAUGAUCUUGGCAGAGUGGUGGACAAGUUCAGUAUUAGGGUACUGCGUGAGGAGUUUGAACGCGCUGCAGAAAUCAUGCAAUACGACCCUAAACCUUGUGUAACUUUGUUUGAGCCCUAUAUUCCUAAUUAGUGUGCUAUGGUUUAUAGAAUUUGCUUUAGUUUAUGCUUCAAUUAACUUGUAAAUUCCUUAUCCUUAGAUAUCCUCCUACUUAUGAGGUGCAGUAUCUAGGUAAUUUAUUCCUUUUGUCAAUGGAUCUUUAAAAUGUAUGCUUUCCGCUUGUAUAUCAUGCAAUUUUGUCACCCCUUUGUAUUUUCUCGCUACUUAUGUUAUGCCCUCAAUUUAGAGGCAUUUGCUGUUGUA